AUAUUUUAAAUUUCAUUAACAGUUUAAACGGCUACAUAUUUCAAUACAUUUUGGUCAUAACUUCAGUCAUUAAAAUAUCCGAGCAUCGCAUACCACAAUGGGAUUAGGAGUAUUGUUAUUGACUGGGGUAUUUUCAUUGGUUGAUCUUGCCGCCACAAGUGUCAUACUUGCUCAUGGAAAUGACUGGGAUUUGCUUCUCCAACAAUUGAGAGAUAAAUCUGUUGCAACAACUGGAUUGGAUUUUAUUAUUUUUGCAGUUGUACGCAGUUCUCUACUUAUCGGAGCACUCAUUGGAAUAAUUCGAAAUCCUACUGGAGGAGCGAACAAAAUUGAGGCAGCUGGAAACUAUGUUUUCAGCAUUUCAAUUGCAAUAGUUUUGUAUAUUUUUGCGAAACUGCUGGUGUAUUCAGAAACGCAGGAUUUCUUGAAUGGUUAUGGUACAAUGUGGUUUUGGAUUAUAUUUGGAUGGUCAAUUCUUGCAUUCGGUAUAACCAUUAUUUUAUUCGGAAAGUUGUCUAAACAUAAACCAAACACAAUUGAAGUUGAUACCAAUGAUACAAACGUUUCUGAAGCUGAUGAAAAUACUCCAUUGCUCAAAAGUGCUAUCAACUUGCCUACCAAUGAAUCAGAACAGCAAGGGCCAAGUUCCAGCGAUACUUCAACAUCCGGAUAUAGUGAUAACGAGGAUAAUGAUGCAGAUGAUAAUAAGAAAGAUAAAGAAGAUAAAAAAGAAAAGAAAAAAAGUUUUAAAGAACUUGUAAGCAAAGUCACAAUUACGAAAAUGUUAUCGUACUCAAAAAAAGAUGUGCAUCUUAUCUUCACUGCGAUUGUAUUCUUGCUUGGUGCAGCAUUGGCUGAAACUUUUAUUCCACUUUUUACUGGGAGAGUUAUAUCAGGUAUUGCCAUUGAUCAAGAUACGCAAAAAUUCACAAAGAAUAUUAUUAUAAUGUCUUUAAUUACAAUUGCUGCAUCUAUAUGUGCUGGUUGUCGAGGUGGACUUAUGUCAUUGGCAAUUGCCAGAUUCAAUAUGAGGAUCCGGAAUCAUUUGUUUGAAUCACUGACGAAACAGGAAAUUGGAUUUUUUGACACAACUAAAACUGGUGAUAUGCUGUCACGCUUGACUUCUGAUACGAGUACAAUGAGUGACAUGAUUGGACUUAAUUGUAAUAUAUUCUUACGAAGUGUUGUAAAAGCUGUCGGAACUUGUGUUUUUAUGUUUUCAUUAUCUUGGCGACUUACUGUAGUCACAUUCAUGGGUUUGCCACUGGUUCUUGGUGUUUCAAAGUUAUAUGGGAAUUAUUACAAGAAAUUACAAACACAAGUACAAGAUGCAUACGCAUCGGCAAAUGAAGUUGCAGAAGAGGUUGUAUCCUCCAUGCGAACUGUUCGAAGUUUUGCAAACGAAUCUGGUGAAAACAGCCGUUAUGAGGAGAAAAUGCUUUCAGUUUACAAGGUUCAGAAAAAGCAAGCUAUUGCUUAUGCUGGUUUCAUGUGGUCGACAGAGAUCACAACACUUGCGCUCGUCACUGGAACUUUAUGGUAUGGUGGCCAUCUUGUUUUGAAUCAUCUCAUGAAAAGUGAAAACCUGAUCGCAUUCAUACUUUACCAAAUAACGCUUGGUGAUUGUAUGUCAAAUGUAGGAAGUGUUUACACAGGUCUCAUGCAAGCGUUAGGAGCUGCAGAAAAAGUUUUUAAACUGAUUGAUCGUGAACCAAAAAUAGAAUUGAAAUCUGGAGAACAUAAGCCUGAACAAUUUGAAGGACAAGUUUCAUUUGAAGAUGUUACUUUCGCAUAUCCAUCAAGACCAAAGCAAGCAGUUUUGAAAAAAGUAUCUUUCAUUGCUCCUCCUGGUCAAGUGACUGCAUUAGUUGGGCCAAGUGGUGGAGGCAAAUCGUCUUGUGUCAACUUACUUCAACAUUUCUAUGAAUGUGUGUCGGGAUCUAUCAAAAUUGAUGGAAAUCCUGUUGAAAAGUAUUGUCACAAGUACCUACAUCAAAAGAUAUCAUUGGUGGGUCAAGAACCUGUGUUAUAUGCUCGUUCUAUAAAAGAAAAUAUUGCAUAUGGGAUGGAUGAUAGUGAAUAUACAAUGGAGGAUGUUGUUGCAGCAGCUAGAAAAGCAAAUGCUCAUUCAUUUAUUACUGAAUUGACUGAACAAUAUCAGACAGAAACUGGUGAAAAAGGGACGCAAUUAUCAGGAGGUCAAAAACAAAGAGUUGCGAUAGCUCGUGCAUUGAUUAGGAAUCCAAGAAUCUUAAUUCUUGAUGAAGCAACAAGUGCUUUAGAUACUGAAAGUGAAUAUUUGGUUCAACAAGCAUUGCAAGAAACAAUGAAAGAUAGAACAGUUAUUGUUAUAGCUCACAGACUCAGCACUGUUGAAUCUGCAGAUAAAAUUGUGGUCAUCGAUAAAGGUGAAGUCGUGGAACAGGGGAAUCAUGCAGAACUUAUGAAAAGUUCAGGAAUGUAUUAUAAACUAGUGCACAGACAACUUCACACCAAUCACAGCCAUAAAAAGCGAGAAAGAUCCAGGACUGGUUCGAGUGCCAGUGCCAAACCAGCUAGUCGAAGUUCUUCUGUUAGCAAAAGUUUAAUUAUUCCUCAUGAUACAAUCAUGCCUCGUUCUGUUAGUAUAUCAUCAUCAGUUGUGUCAGAAAAAAGUGCAUUGUCAUCUUCGCCUGUGUCAGCAAAAAGCUUCAGUUCUGAUUCUGAAGACGAAAAUUCACGGCUGGGAAGAAUUUAAAUUCUGAGUCUAUCUUGGAACCUGUGCACUUAGCCUGCCUUGGAGAAUUAACGCUUUGUAUGAUUUUAGAUUUAAAUAGCAGCAGUUUUAAUUACUUAACUUUAAUUAAUUGACUUUAUAAUUAUUCUUUUACUUGGUUGGAGUAGCUGUUGUAAAGCAACCGACCAUUUUCAUGUUAUACAUAUUCCUAUAUAUAUAUGGUAAUAUGGACUUCAGUAUUGUUGCAUAUUCAAAUUGCCAUUUCUUAUGCAAAUACGUCAGUAUUUAUAGGCGUCACUGACACCUUGGCCUUUGCUAUAUUUUUCACUUUAGCAUUUUACUUGUAAGCAAUAAAUCAACAUAUAUCGAUAUAUGCAUUCAGUAAAAUGAAAUAGGCAAUUUAUAAGUAUACACUACUCUGAUUUUGUUUAGAAUUUUUUAUGUGAAGAACCUUUGUUUUUUUCUUGCUCUUGUUUUUUAUGAGUUUUGGUACUAAAAGCUAAAACAUUCUUAAUAUUCGUGAGAAUAUUAUUCUAAUUAGCUGAUUAUAUUUAGUUGAAAAAUGGGUUCUCCUGAAGUAUGUGCACCAAGAUGUCGCUCAACCUGAACCCUAACCUGGUACACAACCUGAGUUCAGGUUGUGCGCCAUCUUGGUGCGCAUACUUCAGGAGGUCCGAAAAAUGAAUACCAUUGUUGUUCGUAGUUAGCAAAUAUUACCAGUCAUUGCCGGAUUUCCGAAGUAUGAUUGUUUAUAUGGAGAUAUUUGUUUGGUAAUCUUGCUAAAAAUAUAUCUCUUGGUAUUUUGAAUAUGAUAUUAUCAGACUGCCAUCCAUAUGUGUUAGCGGGGAAUCUUUGGAUUUGGUAAAGGACAGUGACAAUAUCAACUUUCUCUAUAUACUGAAUUGAGGUUUUGGAUGAUUCUUUAUUUAAAACUACCCUAAGUCGUUUUCCACAUUUUCUUAGUGAAAAUUUUCUAGUAAUUAAAUCUGUAGUAUAUUUCAAUUUCUCGAAUCUUCUGUAAAUGUAGAAAAUUUGCAAAAUGCUUUGUCAUAGCCAUAGUUUGACGGUUGAAAACCAUGACAAGAAAUUUUUCAUUCAGGCUUCUCCCUUUCUGAAGCUGAUCCCCAUAGUUAUCAAGUGGAAAUGGCAUCGUAUUUUCGGAGUAUCUUGCUUGAAUAUAUUUUGCAUUCACAGCUGUAUAUAACAGUAGUUUUAACCCGGGUAUAUGUAAAUUGCUUAGACAAAUCCUCAUUAGGUUUGCCAUGAUAAUAUACCUUGCUACACUUUAAAGAUCAUUUUGUUUUGCCAGUAUCAGGUUGUUGACCACUGGUACACAGUAUACCUUUUGGGCUAAAUUUUCCGCUACCUCACACAAGGUAACACAUCCUGAUAUUUAAUUAUGCACUAUGAUCAUUUCAUAUUAAAAUAUCUUAUAUUUAUUGUGUAUCAUCACAAAUUCCGGUUGAAAAAAGUAUGUUGGACGAUUUUCUAUGCAUGAUAUAUAACUUCACUAUUUAUGAUAAAUAACUUAGCUUGACUAGUUUGUGACCAAAAUUCAUCCCAGCAGCCAGGUACUUUUAAAUUACACUUACAUUGUUUUAGAAAUUGUUCAAUUUUUAUCUUCUCUUACAUUAAGUGUUGUUUAUGAGUGUGUGUUAUGUGUUGUAAAAUGUUUGAUUUUAAAGUGGAAUACAUGAAUUACAUGUAA